AUGACCUGGAUCUUGCAUCUCAAUGGUACCAAGGCCUGCCAAGUAUGCUACAGCGGCAAGGGUGGCCUCUUUGAAGACCUAGACGCGUGCAUGGAAUGUCAUAAACCUUUCGCAGUCCACUUCAAACACUUUCCCCACUGUCUCAAAUGUCUCAGUAUGUUUAAGCCAGACCCCAAGGUCUGCAACCCCUGCUUUCUGGAUGCGAAGCAUAAGGUGCACACGAAGCUCUGCGCUGUGGAUAACAGAGUGAAGACGGCGAUGGACAGGAUGCGGCUCCAGUUCGGAUUGCAUUUCUAG